GAGAUCGUAUGCAUGCAUGCAUUACUUAAUUGAUAAAUUUGCUGUUCCUUGGAAGGUUCCAGCUGUAUAAGGUCAUAUGUCAGAACGAGAUCUCGCGAGGUAUCGCGGUGUUAAACGAGGAUGCGAGAUUGCGAGGAUGACGAAUUGACCCAGUCAACGGAAUAAAAUCAAGAAGACCUGGCACAGAAAUUGGCUGUAGAUUCUUUGAAAGCAAGAAGAGAUAUCCCUCCGAAUAGAGACUGAUAAGCCUCGAGAGUAUCUACCAACUUUGUGCCGUCCCCAUGCAUUACAUACCCACUUGUCAAGCCAAAGACACGUAAAGCUGAAGAAACACUGAAUCAGGUUCCACUUCAGAGGAUCAGUUAGCUGAGAAGUUCCAUACUUGAAACAUCUGGGAUUUUUAAGAAAACAUGCAACCAAUGAAGCUUGGAGCAUUGUUCCUGCUACCUUGGGUUAUUGUGUUAUAUAACAAAACGCCAGUUGAAGCCAACCCUAUUCCCGUGAUCAUCACCUGCUAUAGUGAUCGCAGAUUUUAUCCUGUCUUCGCACUAUCGCUUAUUAUGGGCAAUAUCACCAUCACUGUGGACAAUAAAACCCAAACGAAAACAUCCUCUACAGACCUGUGGAAUCUUUCAGUCAGUUGUCUUUUUGACAACGGAACAUACCUUGUAGGAAAAGGACAGAUUGACUGUAGCUUGGUUGGUGCUAUCAAGUGUGAAGGAUAUGGUUUGCUUGAAACGGAGUAUAAGCAUGUGCCAUCCAAACCAGAAUUCGAGUUUGAAUUUGACGGCAAAGGGGUCGUCAAAACCAAUCGAAAAACGUACAAGUUUCUGACAUGUUGGGCUCCCACGGGUGCCGCGGACACAAAGAUGUGGUGGCAAACUAGCAUGGACGGAACUACGUAUACCAAUGUUAAUCCAGCGAAUUAUACAGUAACAACUGCCAUGCAUGAUGCGUGUCAUGUACGUACAUCCAGCGAACUGAAGUACGAGAGCAAUACUAAGGCAUUCUUUCGGUGUUUGUUUGGAGAAAGAGAAGUGGGUUCUAUCCUGGUUGGAGACAGCGAUUCAGAAACGGAAACAGAUCUGAGCCUCCAUUUCUUCUGGUCAACAAUGACCUGUGUUUACGUCCCGUUAAUUUUAUCGACAAUUCCGGAUCUACUCUAUGUCCAACUGCCAAGACUGCAAGCACUCUGUCAGACUUCGGAUUUCGCAGAAAAGCUGGAAAAGAAGUUGAAGAUCGUUUGUCCACUGCUCCCCUGUAUUUGGUUUAUGAUCUUCCUCAUAUGGUGGAUCAUACUGCUUGUUCUUUCGAAGAAUAAAGACUUCCUGCGCUUCUUCAUUCUCGAGGCAGUCGUCUUUUUACUGCACUGUGUCUUCAAUAUAUUUUGCAGCAUACCAGCGACAAACGGAACUCAUGUCAACAAAUGGAGAAGAGCUGUGUGUUUUGCUGUGUCAAUAAUCCCUGCAGUCUGCUGGGUGAUGCUGAGAGGUCAAGCCGUAGACACAAAUACAACUCUUGAGCUGAUCUGGUGGCUCUUUACCGGGGCUUGUUUCAUCGUGAACGUGCAGGCCCAGUUGUAAUGUAUUGUAAUGCUUAAUGGACUUCUUCAUCCCCGCUCAGCUCGUCACAUAUACAAGCCGCCACAUGCGACGAGUGUAUCAUUAAAAAAUCACAUUAUUUCGGUGAAAUAUCGGCAUUUAUUAUAUACUUGAGUGUGAAAGACUGAGGUGAGAAAAGUAAUAAUUUAAUAUUGAUAUUUCACUGCAAUGAACAUUGCACUUGGACGGAACUGUUGGUAUCGUAAGUGUCUGCCUGUACACAAACUGUUGAUUCCUUUUUAAGUUAGUUAAACAUUGACAAGGCAAAAUAAUGACAGAUGUUUAUUUAUGGAGUUAGUAAUAUCGCUUCUAACUCGUUAUGAACAGUAAAUUUCUCAUUUAACUCGCCAAUUGAGACUGUUCGCUUCGCAAAGUGCCAGUUGUAUUACUUCACCAGCAUGUAUUCCUUCGUUUCCAACAGCAGUCUCGUAGCUUUCAAGAAUAUGUUUUUUAAAGUUGAUUUUGUAUGUAAUCAUAUCCAAAUAUAUGCUAAAGAAUUAUAGUGACCUUAAAUAUGUUUUAUUAUUUAUAUUUUUUUAAGAUUUUGCAAACUCGGAACUAUGUUUUAAGUCGCGUGUUAGGUCAGGAGAAUUUGUAAUCAUAAAAAUUCAAUUUCCGGUAGAAGAACUACACAAAAUGUAUAUCAUAAAUAGGAUAUUCCACGUGUCUCGUGAAAUAUAGCUAUAUAUUUAAGCAACUUUGUGUGAGUUCAUUGGAG